UGCUUGCACAUAAAAGAAGACUUUCAACAAGGGUCCUUGCAGAGAGUUUCCGCUGUGAUGCACAUUCUCAUUUUUUCUCCAUCUCUUUCUUAAAACUCCCAUAGCUUUCCUAUAUGUGCAACAGUCUUUGUUUUUAAAGAAAACGGAUCGAUUUUUGACUUUGCAAAGUGAGUACAGACUCAAUUCUUCAGGAUGUGGCUGCUGAUAUUGUUGGUGUGCGUCCUGGUUUGGGCUGGUGGAACAUACUGGUACCUGUUCAGCAAGCCAAGUCCGUUUACAGUGGAGUCAGUGAGGCCUCCAGGACCUUUAGAGCUGGACCAGAGGAAGAGGGACAAAGUGCUGAAACAAGGAUUUACCAAAGAGAAGAUUCCAAAGAAUCUCGAUGCAGUUGUAAUAGGCAGUGGGAUCGGAGGAAUGGCGGCGGCAGCCACAAUGGCCAAAGCAGGGAAGAGAGUCCUGGUUCUGGAGCAGCACGACGUGGCCGGAGGCUGCUGUCACACUUUCACUGAGAAGGGUUUUGAGUUUGAUGUGGGUCUUCACUACUUCGGUCAGCUGCAUGAAAACGGUCUGCUUAAGGUCGCUAUGGAUCAAAUCACUGAGGGUCAGCUGGAGUAUGUGGAGCUGCCGCAGCAUUUUGACAGCAUUGUGAUUGGGGACAGUGAGAAACGGAGAGACUACGCCAUCUUGAGUGGCAAGACUGAGAUGGAGCAGAACCUGAAGAAGAUCUUUCCAGAUGAUGUCAAAGCUGUGGAGGAGUUCUUUAAGAUCAUGAAGGUUACAGCCAGGAAGAUUCAUUAUUUGGCCAUCCUGAAACUGAUUCCACAGUGGCUGGCUCUGUUUCUGCUCAAAAGUGGCAUCGCUGACCUCUUCUCAUCCGUCUUUAGUCUCUCAGGCAUGAAUGCCACUGAGAUGAACAAUAAACUGACAAGCAACAAGGAUUUACAUGUAAUCUUCUCAUAUUUCUUCUACGGUGUGCCUCCUAAAGAUUCCAGCUUUAUGAUCAAUGCUCUGAUGCUGCACCAUUUCAAGCGUGGUGCAUAUUACCCUAAAGGGGGCGCCAGUGAGAUCCCAUUCCACAUCACUAAAGUCAUACAGAAAUACGGGGGCAGUGUGCUGGUCCGAGCUCCUGUCAGUCAGAUCCUGGUUGAUAAGAAGGGAGCUGCUUAUGGAGUGACAGUGAAGAAAGGGGACGAGCAUGUUGAGAUUCGGGCUCCUGUCAUCAUCUCCAACUGUGGGAUCUUCAACACCUUCCAGAAACUCUUACCUCCAGAAAUACAAGUCAAACCAGGGAUUCAGAGUCGUCUGGAUAUGAUGAGGCCCGGUAAAGCCUCGUUCCUCCUGUUCUCGGGGUUUGAUGCAACGCAGGAAGAGUUAGACAUCGUGCCCAACAGCAUCUGGCUCUUCAAAUCCAACGACAUGGAUGCCAUGUCAGUAUCACAAAAGAUACAUUACCAUACUAACAUAACAAUACAAUAUUUUUGGAUUUAAAAUGUAGAAUCAAUAUUUAAA